UUGUCAGUCAAGUGAUAAAUUGUAGCCACGUGGCGCCCUCGCGUGGCGUACAAGCCUAUGACAGCUUUCAAAAUGGCUCCCUAGCAACCAGACAGGAGGCCAAACAUGAUACAAGUGAGCAGGACGACCAAAGUUUCGUUGGGAAGAUGCAGUCAACGCAGAAGGGUGCGGUACGACAAUAUGAAAAACCAUACUGUGAUGAGGAGGUGGUCAGAGAGCUGUGCAUGGCCAAUGGACUUUCCUGUGAUGACCUAGCUGAAGAGGUAUCCAAUGUUACCUACCUGGAGAUCAUCUUGAGUGGUUUUCCUCGGAUGGUUGGCCUUUCCUUUUUCCCAAUGCUCCGCCAGCUUCAAAUACUGGGCCAGGACAUAAAGCGCAUCGAGGGACUGGAAAGCUGCCCCUUACUGCAAGAGCUUUGGGUCGUCGAGUGUAAGCUGACUAAAAUAUCUGGACUGCAGCAUUGUCCCGAUUUGAAGAAGCUCUACUUGUAUGAUAAUAAAAUAACUGAAAUAAAGAAUUUAAAAUUCCUUGUCAACAUAGAAGUCCUGUGGCUCAACAACAACUACAUAUCUCAAAUACAGGGCUUGAACGCUCUUCAGAACCUGCAAGAACUAAAUCUUGCUAACAAUAACAUUCACAAAAUUGGGGACAGCCUUGUUGACAAUGUCAACCUUCACACACUCAAUCUGUCCGGCAACAAGAUAAGCUCCUUCAACGAACUCACCCAUCUAACCUGUCUGUCCCAACUGAGAGAUCUAGCGCUGAGUGACUUCACGUCCACCCCAAACCCGCUGUGUCUGCUGUGUAACUAUGCUACACACGUGAUGUUCCACUUGCCCUUUCUCUUGUUUCUUGACACCUACGACGUCUCCAGCACGCAAAUCAAUGAAGUAGCUGAGUCCGCUGUAAUGAAGAAGAUGAUGUUUUACAACAUGCGCGCACGCAUCCCUCGGAGGAAUCUCAAAGAGACGUUGCUGCGCCUUCUCAAGAAGAAAAACGCCUCGUUGGAGUCACCGAAAGAAAGCAUUCGGUCACUCAAUUACACCUUAAAAAAUCUUGAACGUUGGCUUUGUAAGAAGUCUUUCGACGAUGCAUACGGUCACCCGAAGGAAGAUGUAAGCACGAAAGGUGACAGCUGCGACCCCUCCGCAGAGCAAAUACUGAGAAAGAUUGAAGUACUACAGCAGAGACUGGCUAUUUGGACCAGGAGACUGCAUGACAUUGAAAGCUGGCAUCAACACAAUGUGUCCCAAGCGACAGAAACGAUGGAGGACUCUGUGCACUUUAUGUCGACGGAACUCCAGAGUGUCGGAAAUAUUCGAAUGGAGGAGGGCAGCUCCACGGACCCGUGGUUCACUUCCUGUUGUGACCUCCUGCUCUCUCGUUUUUCUCUCUCGGAUUUCAUGAGUCACGGCAUCACUGGCAUCAAGAUCAACAGAGUUGUCCGUAUCCACAAUAGCGGGCUGAGGCUUCGCUUUAAGGAUAAACUUCAAUCCCUGCUGGCCAGGGAAGAUUCGGUCACUUUGGCACAGAAUUAUAAGCAGCAGCUUGAGCACUUGUUCUACGUCAGUGACUCGGACCAAACCCGUGAGGACGUGUUAAGCAUCCUGGAGGAAGGCUUCAAAUCAGCAAAAGAAUAUAAGGCCCUUGGAAAAGAAGCAGCGGUGCCCUUAUCCAACAGUCUGAUUGUGAGCGAACAGCCAAGAAUUGAGUAUUUACUACGUCGUGCUGAGCAAGGGUGCUACAAUAUCAGAACGGAUAAAAUCCCGUUCAGAUCCGGCCGAGUUAUCGUUUCCAAAGUUUUUCUGGGCCACAGCGUUCCAAUCAAAGAGGGAGAACUGGUCAACAGAAGGGUCUAUCCCCGCGCUGCUUCUGUAUAUCGCAGUGUGCACACCAAGCAUCGAGAUGGACUACACACUACCAUUCCUAAAGGAAGAAAGUGGUUUGUCUUUGACAAUGAACUCGUCUUGCCCGAGUACAUGAUUUGUUUUGAAUACCUCACUGGAGGCAGUGAACGGCUUACAUCACUAGAUGACUGCAUGCACGUGCUCGACCCCCCGACCUAUGACACCUCAUUGGACAAGCAAGCCGUCAACAUGGAACCCGUCUUGGAGCCACAGCCCAAGUUGGCGAAUUUGAACGAGACGGUGCUCUUAAAUGUGUCCGGUGCUAGUCUCCUCCGCGACAUCACUGUGCUGAACCUUCACAACAAUGGUCUGAGCAGCCUCAAGGGGAUUCCCCCCCUUCCGGCUCUUCGCCAUCUCACCCUCAGUUUCAACGAGCUCACGAGCCUCAAUCACUUCGCUCACAUGCCUAACCUGGAGUUUUUAGACGUCAGCUUCAACCAGCUUUUGAGCCUUGAGGGUCUGCAGGAGUUGAAACAACUGACUCAUCUUGAUCUUAGUUGGAACCAGUUAACCAAUGCUGGCGAUGUUUCCACUGCUCUCAAAAUACACACACCUGCACUAAAGAUACUGGAAACGCAGCACAACCCAUGGAAUAAGCCAGAGGAUGUCCGCACGACUAUAUUGAGCUCUGUGACGAAGCUCAGAAAACUGGACAACACACUGGUUGGAGAGGAAGAAGUUGCUGAUGCCGUUCACGAGACUACCAGAACCGUUCUCACCCAGGAAAUUCUCAUCGCUUGCUCACAUACCAACGACGAUCGUCCCCGUAGUCUCAGCCUGGUGUCAACAACCCAGCUCCUCUCUGAGCUCAUUCCACCCCCCAGAGAUCUAAGCCCAGACCUGCAGCCAGACUGGGCCUCAAAGAUAACCUCUCUGAACCUUGACAACCAGAAGAUUUGUCAGCUGAGCCAUCUGGAUGCCCUCGUCAACCUGCGCUGGGCUUCUUUUAAUAAUAAUUACAUCUCUGAAGUGGAAGGUCUUGAUUUCUGCACUAAUCUGGAAGAACUCUCCCUGAAUGACAACAACAUCAGCACAUUCAGCGGUCUGUCACACCUACAGAAUUUGAGCAAACUCAGCAUGGAUGGAAAUCAGCUGUCCAAUUUCGACGCCGUAGUCCUCGACCAGCUACACAGUUUGACCUUUCUGUCUGUGGAGAGCAAUCGCAUCACUUCCCUGCAUGGCAUCCACAGAUGCAGUGCGCUUCUGGAGCUGUAUGUUGGCAAUAAUCAUAUUUCUGUGUCGAGGGAUAUCUACUAUCUCAAGGUGUUGGAACACCUCAUCAUCUUGGAUCUGUACGGGAAUCCAUUGGCAGAGAACCUCAAGAACUAUCGUAUUUAUGUGGUGUUCCAUUUGCCAACUCUGAAGGCCCUGGAUGGAUGUGCAGUAGAUGCAGCUGAAUGUGAAAAUGCAAAGGCUAUGUUCGGAGGACGACUCACACCAGACCUGGUUGCAGAGAAAUUGGGCCAUUCGCACUAUUCCAGUAUCACCUACCUCACGGUGAACUCCUGCUCCAUCAGGAGUGUGGACCUGUCUCCAAUAGACCUGUUCUUCAACGUACACACUAUCAACUUAGAUCACAACAACCUCACAUGCUUCUCAGGCCUCAUCCACCUACCCAAUGUCAAAGUCCUGUGUUUAAGCUACAACCGUAUUGAGUCCAUCCUCCCGAGGCAGAAGACAUUUCUAACGAACAGACAGAUGUUACACAACAAAGUGCACUCAAGUGGCUACGGGCAGCAGAGCUUAUGCAAAGGGAGCAGGCACCUUACACCGACAAUCAUCCUGGAACCUCUGAUGAGCAGCCUGGAAGUGCUGCAUUUGAGUCACAACGGCAUCUCCAAUAUGGCCAAUCUGGAACUCAGCAGGCUCACCAAUCUUAAAACGCUCUUCCUUCAAGGGAAUGAGAUCAGCCAGGUGGAAGGUUUGGAGGGUCUGCAUCAGCUCAAGGAGCUGGUGUUAGACAGGAACCGGAUCAGGGCUCUGUACGAGAACUCUUUUGUUUCCCAGAAUGCCCUGCUAGAACUGCACCUUACAGAGAAUCGCAUCCGGGAGCUCAAUCAUCUCUAUCCACUCAUCGAGCUACGCAAACUAUACCUCGGCAUGAACAAGCUUCAGGACAUCUCAGAGCUUGAUAAACUUGACGUUCUUCCCGCACUGACGGAACUCUCUGUUGUUGGCAAUCCGGUGGCUCGCAACUCGCUCCACAGGCCUGCGGUCAUGCGCAGUCUGUCUCAGUUGCAGGUCCUGGAUGGCAUGACGGUUACCAUGGAGGAGAGAACCAGAGCCGAAAUUACAGAUGCAACACAAUGUGAGGAGUGUUGUGCAGCUUCCGCCCUUGAAGCGAACCAGCCUGGACUGAUGACCUACAUGCCUGUCAAAGGGAUGUCCAUGACAGGACUACAGAGCCUCAUUCACGGACACGACAUGCUCCCAAGUAACAAGGAUGAACCCCAAGUUCAGUACACCUCCAAAAACAAGAAGUCCACAGAGAAAAAUCCUUCAAGCUCUCAAGGUGACGUGAGCUCCAGACAGGCCCGAAAAGCAAGAACCAACUUGAUAGCAACAUGUCCUCUUCCCCAGGGGAAGUGAGAACAACAAUUCUGCAGCACAGGAACAGAGUACCAGGUUGAUUCAAUUCUGCAAGUGUGUUUUUUUUUCACAUUGUGAUGAAGUCUUUUAAAUAUAUGUAGUCUCAUCCUCAGUUAUUUAAGGCCAAUUUCUUAUAAAUUUGCCUUUAUACACCACCACAAUGAAAAAAAGCUAAAUAAACAAUGAUGUGAUCAAGGGG